UCACCGCCUGUCCGUAGCCACACUCGGGAGUAAAGAACUGUGCACACCAAAGAGACUGAAUUUCCCGUGGGGCAACAUGAGGACCCAGACAGCAUUCGUGCUGCUACUGCAGCUGUAUGGCUCACUGGCAUACAAAGACCCACACUGCGCCGAUGGCAGGACCGGUGUGGUACAGCUCUUUGAGUGGAGAUGGGACGACAUUGCUGCCGAAUGCAAGAAUUUCUUUGGACCGUAUGGUUUCUGUGCUAUACAGACGUCCCCAGCAACAGAAAACAGAGUUAUAUCAAUGCCCACCCGACCUUGGUGGGAGAGGUUUCAGCCAGUCAGCUACAAGAUCGCCACACGUAGUGGAAACGAGACAGAGUUUCAGAACAUGGUGAAGACAUGUGCAGACAGUGGCGUGAGUGUUUACGUGAAAGCAGUCAUCAACCACAUGACCAGCGGCGGAAGUGUGGGUGUCGGGACGGGUGGCAGUCACUUUGACGGAAAUACGCUGGAUUUCCCCGGUGUACCUUACAACAUCUCUGACUUUAACGACGGCCACGAGUGCCCUACCCUUGACGGAAAUAUUCACGACUUCAACGAUGUCAAGCAAGUCAGAAACUGCCGUCUGGUCAAUCUGCUUGAUCUCCGCUUGGCCAAUCCUUACGUCCGCGGCAAAAUCGCUGACUACUUUAACCAUCUCGUUGAACUAGGAGUGGCCGGUUUCCAAAUUGACGCAUCCAAACAUAUGUGGCCUGAUGAUCUCAAGAAAAUUCUGGAUCAGGUCAAGGAAGCACGAGCCCCUGAAGAACCUCCAAGACUUUGGAGAAGGUACAGGCCUGUGGGCCUCUGGCGAUGUGGUCAACUUUCUGGACAACCCCGAUGAAGAGAGAGGAUUCAUGGUCAGCAUCCUGACCAACUCGGACCCCAAACUAUAUAAGCUGGCUACUGCCUUCAUGUUGGCCCACCCGUAUGGAAUCCCUCGCAUAUUGAGCAGCUACCAUUUCGACGUAACAUCGAGAGAACAUGGUCCACCCCAGAAUGCAGACAUGAGCAUCAAGCACGUUGUUGUUAAUGGCAUGAACUGUAGCAAUGGGUGGAUCUGUGAACACAGAUGGAGUGAGAUCUACAACAUGGUAGCCUUCCGUAACAUGGCAGCCGGUAAAGGGAUGAGCAACUGGUGGUCAAACGCCAAUUAUCAGAUCGCCUUCUCCAGGGGAGACCGCGCCUUUAUCGCCUUCAAUCUGGAAGAUACUGAUCUGGAUCAGACCUUGACGACCGGUUUGGCAGCUGGUACGUAUUGUGACGUCAUAUCGGGUUACCUGGAAAACGACAAAUGUACCGGCAAGUCGGUAACGGUCAACGCUGAUGGCACAGCAAGAAUUCAAGUCUGCGCAAAAUGCGAACAGCAGAUGCUCGCCAUACACGUCGG